AUUAUUGGCCAAUUGUUUCAACAGGCUCAUUGCUGUGCUUCAGACACUAGAUAUUUUGUGCCUGUAGUAUUAAUGAGACACUGUGUCUUUGAACAUACAAAUAUUUGAGUACUUUGUUCCACAUUCAGUAGCUUUCAUAUGUACCACUGAUACAUGACAGAUUGAAUAUUUAGGAUAGAGAAUGUUGUGUAUCCUGUGACAAAGUACAAGUGGCCUCAGCCUUAUCUUUUGAGUUAGUAUCCUCAGUGAGAGGAGGAACUGACCAUAUGGAUGCGAGUGAACUGUCUAUAGGAGUGAUCAUCUUGUCUCAGACUGUGAUCGGAGUUUUGGCUAAUUUCUUUCUCCUCUACCACUGUAUGAUUCUUUACUUAACAAGGUACAGGUUGAGGUCUAUAGACUGGGUUCUGAUGCACUUAACUGUAGGCAGCAUCUUAACAAUCCUCUCCAAAGGCUUACCCCAGACAGUUGCAGCUUUUGGCUUGAAAGAUUUCCUCAAUGAUAUUGGAUGCAAAUUGACUUUCUCUUUUCACAGAGUAGGUAGAGGUGUUUGUAUUGGCAGCACUUCCUUUCUCAGUGUAUUCCAGGCCAUCAUCAUCAGUCCCAGGGAUUCCAGAUGUUCAAAGCUUAAAGUAAAAGUGCACAAGUAUAUUUGUUAUUCUGUGUACCUGAACUGGGUGAUUUAUUUCAUUAUAAGCAUUAAUAAUCUUUUGCAUAUGAGGGCAAAAUAUAACAAUGAAAGUACAAUAAACCUGAAAUCUUUUGUAUACUGCUAUUCUGUUCGUCAUGACCCAACCAGUGACAUCCUGUAUGCAGCAUUGGUGUCAGGUCCUGACAUAAUUUUCCUAGGACUCAUGCUCUACACCAGUGGCUUCAUGGUUCUAACCCUUUAUAGGCAUAAGCAAAAGAUGCAACAAAUGCCCAGGAUGAAUGUUUCUUCCUUAUCCUCCCCUGCAUCCAGAGCCACCAAAACAAUCCUUCUCCUAGUCAGUACUUUUGUCUUAUUUUAUGCAAUCUCUUCUCUAUGUCAGCUCUUAGUAGCUCUCUUGUAUAAUCCCAGCUGGAGUCUAGUGAAUGUGGCCUCAAUGACUGCUUCAUUUUUUCCCACUGUUUAUCCCUUUCUCUUCAUGAACCAUGACUCUUGGGCACUCAGCUUCUGCCUGCUCUUGAAAAGGAAUAGAUAUUUUCCCAAAGCCUCUAGCCAAGAACUGAACUGA